GAGAGAAGGAGAGAGAGGGAGGAGUUGUUGCUGCAGCCGCCGCCGUGACGUCACUGAACGCGUCCCCUUUAAGGUUUCCGUGGCGACGGCCGUCCGAGUGAGAGCGAGGCCCAUUGACGUCAGGGUGCGCGGCGAUUGGCGGAGGGAGCGGCGUUUCCGGUGGGAGCGAUUGCUGAGGCAGAGAGGGCCGAGGCCGCGAGCGGGAGAGGAGGCCCAGGCAGCGGUGAUACUGGGAUCAACACCUUCUCCUGUAAAUUCUGUGCAUACCUGUAAUUGUUGCUGUUAGCUGGAUCUCACUUUUCUCAAGUACUGUUGGCCCACAGCACAGAGAGAACAAGUGAAUACCAGAAAACCAACAAUGGCAGCUUCUAUGGGUACCAACAGUGAGGAGGAGCGUAGCCUCCGUGAAUGUGAACAGUAUGUCCAAAAACACAAUAUCCAGCAGCUCCUGAAGGAUUGCAUCGUUCAGCUAUGUACAGUGCGACCCGAGAGACCCAUGUCAUUCCUCCGGGAAUACUUUGAAAGACUGGAGAAGGAAGAAACAAAACAGUAUAUGAGUCAGCAGAAAGCCAGUUCUCGCGCAGACUCGCGUGAUGAUGAGAUUUCUCCACCCCCACCCAUGAACCCAGUGGUGAAGGGCCGCAGAAGGCGUGGUGCCAUCAGUGCAGAGGUUUACACAGAAGAGGAUGCAGCCUCCUAUGUUAGAAAGGUUAUUCCAAAAGAUUAUAAAACUAUGGCUGCUUUGGCAAAAGCCAUAGAGAAGAAUGUGCUUUUUGCUCAUCUUGAUGACAAUGAAAGAAGUGAUAUUUUUGAUGCCAUGUUCCCAGUCACCUAUAUUGCUGGUGAGACUGUUAUACAGCAAGGUGAUGAAGGAGAUAACUUCUAUGUUGUUGAUCAAGGAGAAAUGGAUGUAUAUGUAAACAAUGAAUGGGCCACCAGUGUUGGUGAAGGUGGCAGCUUUGGAGAGCUUGCACUGAUCUACGGAACGCCUCGAGCGGCAACUGUCAAAGCAAAAACUAAUGUGAAGCUGUGGGGCAUUGAUAGAGACAGCUAUAGAAGAAUCCUUAUGGGUAGUACAUUGAGGAAGAGAAAGAUGUAUGAAGAAUUUCUCAGCAAAGUGUCAAUAUUGGAAUCCCUUGACAAAUGGGAGCGUCUCACAGUAGCUGAUGCUUUAGAGCCAGUACAGUUUGAAGAUGGACAAAAGAUUGUGGUGCAAGGAGAGCCAGGAGAUGAAUUCUUCAUCAUACUAGAAGGUACAGCUGCUGUAUUACAGCGCAGGUCAGAGAAUGAAGAAUUUGUUGAAGUGGGUAGGCUUGCGCCAUCUGACUACUUUGGUGAAAUAGCUCUGUUGAUGAAUCGUCCUCGUGCUGCCACCGUUGUUGCUCGUGGCCCAUUGAAAUGUGUAAAGCUUGACCGGCCCCGCUUUGAACGUGUUUUGGGUCCGUGCUCAGAUAUUCUCAAGCGGAACAUCCAGCAGUACAACAGCUUUGUCUCUCUGUCUGUCUGAAGCCUCCCUCCUCUCAGAUAUGUGCUUCACAAAUGCAGACUGCUUUAUUACUCUUGUGCAGAGCCACAUGGCCACUGACUAUUGCUGCUUCCUGUCUGUCUGAGGGAGGAAAACAGAGAAACCAGUUGCUUUUCAUGGCACCAUUUUAAAUUUUAGAGCAUUAUUUUGGUGCUCCCAAUCCCAUUUAAAAUAAAUAGAAAAUUGUAUAGAGACAUUUGCUGUUACUGCUUUUCUCUGUGCAAUGUACACUGUCCAAACAGGCCAGUGACUGCCAUUCCUUUUGCUGGGAAAGUCUCCUGGCACCAAGGUUAUUGCCAUAGAGUCAAGGAUGUAACAGUGGAAAAUUAUUAUGAGACACACGUUUCUCAGCUGGUGAGUCCUAUGUGUCCUUUAGGUUGUGAUCACUUUCUACUGUACCUCUCUUGGACAAGGAAACUUACCUUUAUAGCUCAACUUCUUGGCAUAAAUAUUUCUGGAUAUGGGUUAUUUUUGGCUUGGUUUACUGAGGUCAGCUCCUAGUAAAGCCACAGUUAGAAGUUUCAUAGUUGGUGUACCUGUAUCCAUUUCAGUUGGUUCAAGGUGGCUUGGUUAUUUGUUGGGUUUUUGUGUACAGGCUUUUGUUCUGGCAGCUGUUGCCUGUGUUGCUGAUCUUUGGCACAGCAAACCUUUUUUAACUGUUCUCUGUUGUGAAUAUUCAUACUUGCCCCUCCCAGUUCUCUUCUGUGCAGAUACCCAAAAGCCAACCAGUGGGUUAAAUUCAUGAAUAUUGGUGUUGGUGUUCAUACUGGUCUAAGAAUUGUACUGCUCCUUAGCUAGUGCCAAAUAGAAACGCCUGACACGCUAUAUGUAGAACAGGAAACUGAAGGGUGCAUUCUGUGUGUCCAGUGUUCUGUCUUUCCUUUCCAAGCUUUGCUUUCCCUGUUAAUUUUGGAACCAGAGAAUCCUAUUUCCAUAGCUGACAUUCAAAGGAUUAUACAAUAUACAAUCCUGUAUAUUUAGGAAGGUAACAUGACUCUGCCUCAUGUGAAAGACAGGAAGGAGAGAACUGGUGUGGUGCUUCCUGCCAAACCUUUCUUUCCAAAAAUCUCUUUUGUCCAAGCAGAAGUGCUUC